GGCGGUCGAGUCUUGAGUUCUAUUCCGCACUUUGAUUUUGUCUUCGUUACGAUCUAGACUGAGAAUAUAAAACAAUGGCUUGGUUAGUCAGCAUCGUAGCGAUUAUUGGGAUUGCACUUGUGUCUGUCCUCACAGCCGAAGAAGAAUUCUAUUCUGACAAAUAUGACGACAUUGAUGUCAAAAGUAUUCUCGAGAAUGACAGAUUGCGAGAACAAUAUCGCGAUUGUUUUAUGGACAAGGGAUCAUGCACAACAGCGGAUAUGAAAUUCUAUAAAGAGAUUGUGGGUGAUGCCGUAACGACAAAAUGCAAAAGAUGCACUGAGAUACAAAAGCAAAAUGUGGACAUAAUAACUGAUUGGUAUACAAAAAAUGAACCCGAUAAAUGGCGUGAAUUUGUUGUGAAGUCUUUAGAGGACUCAAAGAAAAAGAACGGUGGCCAAUAACUACUGGCAAAACUGACAACGAACAUCGCAAAAUAUAAUCAUUUGUAAUCAAUUAAAUCUUAUAUACUUGGAAACUUCUUGAAAACUUACCGGUGCUGGAGAAAAGUUUAAAAGAUUCUAUAUUACUAAUAUAGUAUCUUGUAUUUAUAUGUGUAACUUUAUGUUCUUACAUUAAAGAGAGAAAUUAUGCAACAA